AUGCAUGCAAUCGAUUGUGAUGCCAGCGCGACGGCCGUGUCCGAAGCACCGCCGAAUACAAACAAGAACUCGGAAAUGAACGAUCCUAAGAAGUCUGACCAUUCAAAUACUCAAACACACACACUCAGUGACCGAGACUUGGACCAAAUAUGGACCUGGAAUAAGGAGCUUCCUCCUCUUAUACAGAGAUGCAUGCAUGACAUCAUUCGCGAGGUUUCGCAACGGCAACCAAAUGCCGCAGCAGUGUCAUCAUGGGACGGCAGUUUGACAUACCGAGAAGUUGAUGAGCUAUCAACACUCUUAGCUGAGCAGCUUAGACGCAAAGGGGUCUCUAUCGGAACCAGAAUACCUCUAUGUUUCGAAAAGUCCAUGUGGGCAGUCGUAUCGCUCUUGGGAGUCAUGAAAGCUGGUGCCACAUUCUCAUUGACAGAUCCAAGUCAGCCCGAAGCGCGACUGCGAACGAUUGUGGAACAAACCGAAGCAGACAUCAUUGUAACUUCCACGGCUCAAAGGGAUCUGGGGCUAAAGAUCUCUCGAACCGGCCAGGUCAUUGCGGUGUCAAGAGAAUAUUUCGACCACAUUGCACACGAGCCCACUGAACCUCUACCUUUAGUCCCUGCUUCAUCUGCUAUGUAUAUCAUUUUCACGUCGGGAAGCACGGGAAAACCAAAGGGAGUAGUAAUAUCACACGAAAACUACACCAGCGGUGCGUUGCCGCGAGCUGAGGCAGUGGGAUACAAAUCCCAUUCGAGGGUGUUUGAUUUUCCAUCGUACGCUUUCGACGUCAGCAUUGAUUGCAUGCUUUGCACCCUUGCCAAUGGCGGAACGGUCUGUGUGCCGUCCGAGGCUGACAGAAUGAACGACCUCAGCGGUGCAAUUCGUAAGAGCAAAGCAAAUAUGGUUCAUAUGACUCCUUCCGUGGCUAGAGUUUUGGACGCAGACAUCAUUCCUUCUUUGGAUGUGCUGGGACUAGGCGGAGAGGCUGUUUCGUCAAGCGACGCAGCGACAUGGAGUCAAGAUACGAGUUUGGUCAUUGCUUAUGGUCCAUCAGAGUGCACUGUCGGAUGUACCAUCAACAAUACGUUGGAUGUGUCAAGAGGUAUAGGGAAAGGAGUUGGCGGAACAACUUGGAUCACGAACCCAGACGACCACAAUAUCUUGAUGGGGGUUGGAGAAGUGGGCGAGCUUCUCAUCGAAGGCCCAGUAGUGGGAAUUGGAUAUCUCGGAGAGCCGGAGAAGACAGCAGAAGUAUUUAUUCAAGAUCCAACAUGGCUGACUGCGGGCAACAGCGAGGCCUUCGGCCGGACAGGUCGUCUGUAUAAAACGGGUGAUCUUGUAAGAUACGAGUCGAAUAACCUGGGCUCCAUAGAGUUUGUCGGACGCAAAGACCAGCAAGUGAAGAUUAGGGGUCAGCGGGUAGAGUUGACAGAGGUCGAGCAUCACCUUCAAAGUUGUUUGCCGAGAGGCAUUAAGAUUGCGGCUGAAGUAAUCAGGCCUGAAACUACCGGAGCACCGACUCUGGUUGCUUUUAUCGCGGAACCCUUCGCUGAUGCCAGUGGAAUGCCUACCGAGUACUCUUUGGUUGAGCCAUCACAACAGUUGGCAUUGGCUUUGUCUACAGUAGACAAAGACAUGGGUGCCAAGGUACCACGGUAUAUGGUCCCUCAGGCAUUCUUUACUCUUCAGUCAAUGCCGACUCUAGUGUCGGGGAAGACGGACAGGAAGAAACUACGCGAAAUAGCUGCGUCUAUCCCCCGAGAAAAGUUUGCAGGAGCUCAGAACAGCGAGUCGCAAAUAGAAGAAGACCCAGAAACGGAAGCAGAGAAGCAGCUAGCUGAGGCAUGGAGGAAGGUGUUGGGUCCAAACAUCAAAAUAUACAACAGCAGCAACUUCUUCGGUGUAGGAGGAGACUCUUUGCGAGCUAUGCGCCUUGUGGCUGCCGCAAGAGAAAAUGGUUUGUCUCUCACUGUCGCCAAUGUCUUUAUGAAUCCGACACUUGAAGCAAUGUCAUUGAAAGCCAUGACAGUUUCUGCUUCCAGCUCGACUCAAAGUCCAAUUGCUCCUUUCUCACUUCUCGAACAAGGUUGGAACAUCGAGUCCGCAAGAAAAGAAACGGGCGAGCUGUGUAGCAUCGAGCCGGAUGCUGUUGAAGACAUCUACCCUUGUACUCCAUUGCAAGAGGCACUCAUGGCACUAUCGGCCAAGGUGAAAGAGGCUUACAUUGCUCAGCGUGUUGUCGAACUUGCCGAUAUAGAUACAGCAGACCGACUCAUCACGGCAUUUGAUACCGCCCAAGAUGAUUGCCCCAUUCUUCGUACGAGAAUUGCUCAAGUUCCUGGCAGAGGGCUUGUACAAGUUGUUGUCAAAGGGAAACUCAGCCACUUCCGCGGAACAGACUUGAAUGGGUAUCUUGUAUCUGACAGGGGUGAGAACAUGGAACUUGGGCAGCCUCUUGUUCGGUACGCAGUUAUUACUGAUGAAGAGUCCGGAAAAACUAGCUUCGUAUUGACCAUGCACCACGCCUUAUACGAUGGUUGGUGUAUGCCGCUAAUUGUUGAUCGAGUCAACAAAGCCUACUUGGGUCAAACGAUCAAACGACCGGCAGGAUUCAAGGAUUUCAUCAAAUAUCUCUGCGACAUGGAUAAGGGGGAUUCAGAAAUGUAUUGGCGAGAGCAAUUACAUGGAGCCAAUGGUCCCCAGUUCCCGUCGCAUCCAUUCCCCGGAUAUCAGGCCAAAGCAGACUCACUUCUCGAGGAAUACGUUUCCCUUGACAAACUCUCCGCGGGAAAUACAACUGUUGCUACGGUUAUCCGAGCCGCAUGGGCAUAUGUCGCCUCUCAAUACAGUAAUAACGAGGAUGUCGUCUUUGGGGAAACACUAACUGGCCGAAAUGCAGCCAUUAUCGGCGCAGAAGAGAUUGAAGGACCCAUGAUCACUACUGUUCCAGUGCGAGUGCAGGUUGAUAGUGAAAUUUCUGUUGCCGAAUAUCUCCAAACCAUCCAGGAACAAACAGUCGAACAGAUUCCGCAUGAGCACUUCGGCCUUCAGCACAUCCGCCGACUCAGCCCUGAUGCCUUUGACGCGUGUGAACUUAAGACUGGACUGGUUCUACACCCCAGCACCGCGAAUGAUCCAGUUCCGGAGCAAGAUUUGCCAGCAAAUCGCCUGGUGCCAGCUGGUGAUUCUGAGGCAGCGCAGGAAGCCUUGAAGUUUAACACGUAUUCCCUGAUGUUGGUGUGUUCCAUUGACCCGAACGGAUUUCUGGUCAUGGCUAGCUUCGAUUCUGCGACGAUUUCGUCUGUCACUAUGCAGAGAGCGCUAAAUCAGUUCAAGAGUGUCUCCCAGGCACUUUGUCAGAGCGGGCUUGGUUGCGUCGGUGACAUCGAAUGUCUUACUGCAGACGACUUGCUCGUCUUGAAAGACCUCGUUAAUUCUACUAGGCAGGAUGCUCUGCUAAACGAUUAUCAGGGAGUCGAGGGUGUUUACAUUGUUGAUCCCAAAGAUGUGAAUAAACUACGUCCUGCAGGCGCGGUUGGGGAGGUAGUUGUACAAACGGUAUCUCCUCCGGCUCUCCCAUCUAUAUCACCGCCUUCUUGGACCAGGGAAUUCCAUGAAAUUGGCGAGACCAAGUUUUACAGGACUGGAAAGCUGGCAAAGUACACUACAGACGGACACCUUCAGUCAGUUGAUUUGAAUCCGACACAGCCUCUCAAUGGAACCGCGGCCCAAACGGUUGUGAAGCGAGUAUCUGCUACUUCCCGCCGGCAAAAGAAGCUUCGCAGUCUAUGGAGUCGAGUGCUGCAUAUAAAUGAGGAAAAUAUCGGCCUAAACGAUAACUUCUUUCUUCUAGGUGGUGAUUCCAUUACCGCCAUGAAGCUCGUUUCAGAGGCUCGCGCAGAUGGCGUCAAACUAACCGUCGUGCAAAUGUUUCAGAAACGUACGCUGUACGACAUGGCGAGCGUCAUGGAGGAAAUUAUUACUCAAGCCAGUCCAACCGAGAAACCAGCUGCCUUUUCGCUGCUCGGGGAUAUCAAUACCUCUGAGUUUGUUGAAACUAUUGUUAGGCCGCAACUAGCAAACAAGGAAGCCAAUCUGCUCGAUAUCCUUCCAACGCGCCCCUUGCAGGAAAUUGCUGUCAGGGGAACGACACAGAUUCCUAGAUAUUCUGCUCGCUAUGAGUUGAUGUACUUUGACGAAGCAGUAGACGAGGACCAUCUCAGACACGCUUGCGCGGAACUCGUGUCUCGCAACGAGAUUCUGCGGACUGUAUUCAUCGAGCACAAUGGACAGUGUUACAGCGCUGUUCUAGAAGCAUUAAACGCUGAGUUUAUUAUCGACUGCCCCGAUAACAGUACAGUGUCUAUUGAAGAUUACGCCAGACAUGUAUGUCGAGCCGAUGUUCUAUCUGACAUGCCACUCGGGUCAAGCUUUGUGAAAUGGUUCCUGGUGAAGUUCGCGACUGGCAAAUCAUGCUUGAUUUUCAGACUCUCUCACGCGCAGUACGACGAGAUAUGCCUCCCUAUUCUACUGAAGCAGCUUUCUGCUCUCUACGAGAACAGACCAGUGCAAGAGUCUGUUCCUUUCUCAGCAUAUGUGGGACAUGUUCUACAACACAAUGUUCCCGAAAGCACGCAAUAUUGGAAGGAUUUGCUUGCAGGCUCGGCCAUGACCAUUCUGAAGCCCGAGAUUCCCGUCGAAAAGACGAACCAUUUCGCUAUCCAUCACACGGUGGACAUCUCCUCCAGGCCCAGAGACGUCACCGUUGCUACUCUACCAACCGCGGCUUGGGCAUUAUGCCUGGCACGUCGCUUGUCCCUCCAAGAUGUCACAUUCGGUGAAGUCGUAAGUGGUCGAAACAUUGAUUUCCCCAACGCCGAUGCCGUCACUGGGCCAUGCUGGCAAUACGUCCCGGUGCGUGUAAAGUUUGAGCCGUCAUGGACUGUGGCGGAUCUUCUGGCACACAUUCAGCACCAGCAUGUUGCCUCGUCGGCCCACGAGGGUAUGGGACUCUCCGAAAUUAGAGACAAAUGCACCGAUUGGCCAGAAUCUACGCCGGAUUGGUUUGAUUCCGUCGUCCACCAGGAUGUAGCGCAUGUGGAAACACUACCAUUUGCAAAUGCCAGUAGCCGGAUGGAAACCGUGUAUCCUCACGAGGAGCCGCUGCGGGAGUGGAAAAUCCAGGCUUUCAUUGACGGAGAUAGCAUGACGUUGGAGAUUGUCACUAUGGAGAGCUGGGCAGAGUAUGCAGAGAAGUUGUUGUUGGAUUUGGCUGAUGUGGCAAGACUUUUGGUUCGUGAGCCUAGAGGGACCCUUUUCUAG